AUGUAUAUAAUAGGUCCAACGAUAGCAGUGGCUCAGCCACAGGGUAUCGCGUUCGCCGGAAUCGGUGGCCGGGCCGGAGCUGGACCUAUAGGCACAGCGAUUGUAGGCAAAAAUGCUACAGCAAUUUCAGAACCAAGCGCCACUGCUAUAUCACUGGACUUAACACCAACGAUUAACUUAACACCAGUUCACAAGCAAACGACAGCCUACGUGGCAAGGUAUGCACCCGAACUGGGAGUUUACAAAGUGGCUGAAAUCAAAUAA